ACAUAGUCAAGGUUGCCUAACUUACCGGCAUGUAACGUCAAGCAACUAAAAAAAUUAGAAUAGGUUUUAAGUAAUUAAUUACGAAUUGAUUUGAUGAGUUUUAUCAAUUAAGAGUGAUUUGUCAAAAUGGCAACAAUAGGUGCGGAAGUUGGCCAAAAAAUGCGAUCCGCAAUCAAAGCCAAACUUUUAGAAUUGAACUGUUACGUAGAUGAUGAACUUCCAGACUAUGUUAUGGUAAUGGUGGCAAAUAAGCGGACAAAAUCGCAGAUGAAAGACGAUUUGCAACUGUUUCUUUCCAACAAAACUGCAACUUUUGUCGAUUGGCUUCAUAUCGUAUUGAAAAAACUGAAAGAAGUAACAGUUACAAACCCAGAUGUGUACAAGAAACCGCCAAAACGAAAGUCUGACGAAUUACCAAACGUUAACGUUAAAAAAGAGAAGAAGGAAAAGAAGUCUGGGAAAAAAGAAACGAAAACUGAACCAGAACAAUCAACAGAAUCUGUCUUCAAAUCACUGACUGACGAUUUACCCAUAAGUGCAAACAGACUCUCCGAGCAACGAAAAAUCAUAAUAAUGAAAGAAAACAAAUCUAACAACAGCCGGAAAGUAAUGCAAGACAACUUCGAUAUACCCCUACUUUCAGAAGUCAAUAUGUCCACAGAAGAAGAACUCGAAGACUUGGAAAACAAGAUAAAAAGCGUGAAGAGCAGGCUGGGUCUGCUGGUCGAGAGCGAUGAAGAAGAAGAUUGUAUUAAACUUAAACCUGAGCCAGACGAGUUAUUGCCCACAGAAAAUGAAAAUAAAGGAGAGAGUAAAGUUGAAUCAACAACCACUGCCGCCCCACAACCACCCAAAAGGACUGAACAUUCUAGGAUUACAUUUAAUGAGGAACAUGAAACUAGACGAAAAUCUAUCCUGGAUAGAUUAGGGAAGAGGCGUUCCGGUGAUAACGAGGAAGCCGCUUCGUCAAAAAGAAACCGGAUUGAUUUGUCGGAUUUUCGCAAAGAGGAUAGUUCAAAAACUAGAAGUGAUAGAAGAGAAAAACGGUUUAGAAGAGAUGACAAAUCAAAAGAGGGUGUUUUGAGCCGAGUUGGGGUGAUGUCAAAAGUAUCGGUUCCUGUAAAAGCCCCGGAAGAACCAGAAGAACCCUUUAAAAAUCGGGAAGUUCCAAGUGUGGUUAAAAUUAAACCAAGGGUUAUUCCGCCUGACGCACCUCAAGCUAAUAAAAAUUUGCUUUUGAAAGCUGUAGCCGAAGCCCAGAAGAGCAUAGCACAGGCACCAAAGGUUGGAAAUAAUUUAAAGCCUGAUGCUUUGUAUACGAAAAAAUACAAAGAAAAACGUAAGGAUGAGCCGUCAUCUGGCAAAAAAUUGCCAGAAGUUGAGAAAAAUAAAAUAAAAAAAUUCCUCGCCGUAUCUGAUGAUGAUAGCAAGAGGGACGAAACGGAAGAAUACAUCCCGACUCCGAUUAAAAGAGUGCAGGAAUCCACUACUAAAUACAUCCCUACUAGUAAAACAAACGAUUCAGAUGACAGUUCCGUUGAAAAUGGUAAAGUUAAGCAACAAUUCAUAGUCACUUUGGAUGGUAUUGAAAGAACCAAAUACAAAGAUUUGGCUAACGAAGAGCCAAAACCUUCAGUCAAGUCGCGACUUGACAAAAAGAAAUCACCCUCCCCUAUUAUUUUCGACAAAGUUGAGAACACAAUCAAGGGGAAACCAAAUAUUCCCGACAAACUACCCCUAAUUCAUGCCUCGCCCGCUGUCAAAAAUAAAGAAAGGUGUAAAUAUUGGCCGUCCUGUCGACAGGGUGAUAAAUGUGAAUUUGUCCACCCUACUACCACAUGUGAAAAAUUCCCACAUUGUAAGUUCGGUGAUAAGUGUUUAUUUUUGCAUCCAACUUGCAAAUUUGGAAGUUCUUGUACCAGAAGAGGCUGUGUUUAUAGUCACGCAGCCAAAGGAACAGGCCCAAGUCCUGUAAAGUUGGCGGGACCUGUGCAAACUUGUAAAUUUUUCCCCAACUGUACAAACGUCAAUUGUGCUUUCUACCACCCUAAACCUUGUAAAUUUGGAAAAUAUUGCAAAAAUCAAGCGGAUUGUACCUUCUCUCACACUUUUGUUCCUAACAAGAGUAGUCUCACUUGGAGAUCAAAGUAGUAGCUUACAGUUAGUUAUACCAUGCUCAGGUAAAUUUGUGAAAAUUAAGUUGGCCACGUUGAUGUCGCAGACGACUUUGAUCACAAAUUUAAUUAAGGGCACGGUAUAAACUCAACUUGUUUCAAUAUUACACAAGUCACACUUUUUCUGUCAUGCGAUUAUGUAACAGGAUUGUAAUAGGUAGAGGAUAAAAUAUUUAAAAAUGUACUGUCUGAAUAAAUAAUUGAACGAG